GGGCAGGGCGGCGCCAGCAGGCCCGAGACCACGGCGGGUUUGAGAGGAGGCAGGAGACAGGAGACAGCCCGGCUAGUGCAAGAGGGGACACAGGCACCUGGACAAGAUUCCCCUGAAGAGGCCAAGGUCAUCUUCCCUGUGCUCUUUCUUCUACCUUGGAGGGAGCCUUACCUUGUGCCCUGACCUCCGCCUUCUCCCCAAACCUGGCUGAGGGGUGGCCCAGACAUCCAUCCGCAAAGCCACUUCCAGCCCACAAGUCCCCAGCCCAGGACCCAGUGCCCUCACCAUGGUGAAGUUGCUCCCUGCCCAGGAGGCAGCCAGGAUCUACCAUACCAACUAUGUGCGGAACUCGAGGGCCGUAGGUGUGAUGUGGGGCACACUCACCAUCUGCUUCUCCGUGCUGGUCAUGGCGCUCUUCAUCCAGCCCUACUGGAUAGGUGACAGCGUCAGCACACCCCAGGCAGGCUACUUUGGCCUUUUCUCCUACUGCGUGGGCAACGUGCUGUCGUCUGAGCUUAUCUGCAAGGGUGGCCCGCUGGACUUCUCCUCCAUCCCCUCUAGAGCCUUCAAGACCGCCAUGUUCUUUGUGGCCUUGGCCAUGUUCCUCAUCAUUGGCUCCAUCAUCUGUUUCAGCCUGUUCUUUGUCUGCAACACGGCCACUGUCUACAAGAUCUGUGCAUGGAUGCAGCUGGCUGCGGCCACAGGCCUGAUGAUUGGCUGCCUGGUCUACCCAGAUGGUUGGGACUCAAGUGAGGUACGGCGCAUGUGUGGGGAGCAGACCGGCAAAUACACACUGGGCCACUGCACCAUCCGCUGGGCCUUCAUGCUGGCCAUCCUCAGCAUUGGAGACGCCCUCAUCCUCUCCUUCCUGGCCUUUGUGCUGGGCUACCGCCAGGACAAGCUGCUCCCUGACGACUAUAAGGCCGAUGGACAAGAGGAAGCCUGAAGCAACAGGAGUAUUGAUCAUCUAU